AAGUUUACCUUACCGUUUUAUUAUUAUGUGCGUAUUAAAAAAAAUUGUUAUAAUCUAAUUUAUUUAAUUUAAUCAAAUACUUAUUUGUAUUUAUAUUCGAAUAUAUUUUUUUUUCUUUUUUUAUAAAGUAUUUCAAAUUAAAAUGUCUAAAAACGAACGAGGUAUAUUUCAACAGAUUUUUAAACAUUUUAUUGCAUCAUUAAGAAUAAACCAACAUAAAUUAAUUGGCGAAGAUUAUUAUGGUACAAAAUAUUAUGAAAUACAAAAAUCAAGUUCUUCAAGAAAUCCACGAUAUUUUGUACCCCUAAAUAAGGAUAAUCACGAGCAAGAGUUACCUGUAGAAUGGGAGGCAUGGUUAAGAUAUCGUAGAAAAGUUCCACCAUCAAAAGAAGAAAUAGAAAAAAAUUAUAAAUUAAAAAUGAUAAAAAAACAAAAUUCUGCACAAAUAGAAGCAAAAUUUUCAAAUAAUAAAUCGCAAGAAUCAACAUUAUGUAAUAAAGAAUACACUUCAUUUCCAGUUUAUAAUGAAUAUAAAAACCAUGGACAAGACUACAACAUAAAAUAUAAAGAAAACAAACAAAAUAAUCAUUAGAUUAGGUAUAAUUAAAUUAUGCAUUUUUUUAGAAAAGUGUUUAAAGUUAAUAAAAUUUAGUAAAUAUGUACAAACUUUAUUGUAACAUAUAAUUGUAUUAUGACAUAUAAUUUAUGUGUAUUAUUUGUUUAUAGCCUAUGAAUAAAACAAUUUAUUAAUA